AUGAACACCAUCAAUGGUCUAAUGAACACCAUCAACGGACUAAUGAACACCAUCAAUAGACUAAUGAACACCAUCAACGGACUAAUGAACACCAUCAACGGACUAAUGAACACCAUCAUCGGACUGACGAACACCAUCAAUGCACUAAUGAACACCAUCAAUGGACUAAUGAACACCAUCAACGGACUAAUGAACACCAUCAACGGACUAAUGAACACCAUCAAUAGACUAAUGAACACCAUCAACGGACUAAUGAACACCAUCAACGGACUAAUGAACACCAUCAACGGACUAAUGAACACCAUCAAUAGACUAAUGAACACCAUCAACGGACUAAUGAACACCAUCAACGGACUAAUGAACACCAUCAAUGGACUAAUGAACACCAUCAAUGGACUAAUGAACACCAUCAACGGACUAAUGAACACCAUCAAUAGACUAAUGAACACCAUCAACGGACUAAUGAACACCAACGGACUAAUGAACACCAUCAUCGGACUGACGAACACCAUCAAUGCACUAAUGAACACCAUCAAUGGACUAAUGAACACCAUCAACGGACUAAUGAACACCAUCAAUAGACUAAUGAACACCAUCAACGGACUAAUGAACACCAUCAACGGACUAAUGAACACCAUCAACGGACUAAUGAACACCAUCAACGGACUAUUGAACACCAUCAACGGUCUAAUGAACACCAUCAUCGGACUGACGAACACCAUCAAUAGACUAAUGAACACCAUCAAUAGACUAAUGAACACCAUCAAUGGACUAAUGAACACCAUCAACGGUCUAAUGAACACCAUCAUCGGACUGACGAACACCAUCAAUAGACUAAUGAACACCAUCAAUGGACUAAUGAACACCAUCAACGGUCUAAUGAACACCAUCAUCGGACUGACGAACACCAUCAAUAGACUAGCGAACACCAUCAAUAGACUAAUGAACACCAUCAGGAAUGAACUAAAGAAUACCAUUAACAGACUAAUGAACAUUAUAAAUUAUUAUUAUUAUUAUUAUGUUUAUUACUAUGUUUAUUAUUGA